AUGAAUAAGUGUUCUGAUGUUUCUAACCAUGAAUUGGGAAAGUCUGUGAGGUCGACUGACAAUGACCACACACAAUCAAAUCAGAGUAGCAAGAAAGUAGUUGAAAUUGAUUUAACUGAUGAUAUUCAAGAGUGGUCUGGGUUUGACUUUGAUGAUUUUGAGUUUGAGGAUACAGGUUUAGCCAAGGAAACAAAUGAUGAUUUGACAAAAGAUGAUAGGAUCCAAAAUUCGAGCGAAGAUAAAUCAACUGGGGGAAGCAAAAACAUAAAUGUUGAAAGUAUAAUUGAUGUCGCCUCACACGUUAAAGAUAAAGCAAGCAAUAGACAUGGUAGGACUUUGAAAUAUAACAACCAAUCAAAGAAGGGGAGAAUUGACCAAAGUCAAUAUAAGAAGGAGAAUACAAGUAUGAAAGAUGAAAAUUACAUCAAAAAUGUAUCUACCAAAAGCCUUAAAAGUAUUGUCUGUCAUGACAGUAAAGAUGUAGUACCCAAUACUCCACCUAAAAUAGGAAGACAUGUAGAAAACAGCUGGCACUAUAAAGCCCCACCCGAGCAGACAAGUAGGGCUGUAGAUAAUUCUGUCAUUGCAAGACAGAGAAGACCAAAGUUCAACAGUUUUUCUGGAGCAAUUCGAGUAAGCAAAUCUGUUAAUGAAAGAAAAAAUAUCCCGAACUAUUCCGAGAAUAUUUCACAGAAAGAAACAGAACCCCAAACAUACGCGUCUACGAAAACACCUUUAACUACAAGAAAAGCGGAAGCUGGAAUCGAUAAGAGUUCAAAUAAAAGCUUGAAAAAAGAAUCACAUAAACCACAUGGUAUGUCUAUGAGGAAUUCUGUGUUCUCGAAAAAUAAUGGAUCAGAAUUUAAAACUGCUAAUGAAAUGUACAGUUUAAAUGGAAAAAAUGAUCCGAAAGUACAAGAUUUUACAAACAGAUAUGUAGGGAAGUCUCAUCCCCCCAAAAGGCAAGGUAUAUUCAAAGACGAAUCGGGUAAAAACUAUUCUGAAUCAAAAAGUUUCCAUUCGACACAAAAUAAACAAUCGUAUGAGGAUAAAAGAAAGCCGAAGCAGAUGCCUGAGCGUGGGAAGCAGAAUGCCAUAAGCACCUCCAGUUUUUACACAAAUAGUCACAAAUUAAAGCAAUCUAAAUGUGAUAAUAGUACAAAUAAUAGUCGUUUAGACGCUAAUGAUUAUCAUUUGGAAUCAGAUGAGGAUUUAUUUGGAUCAGAUGAUGGACUAGACGAAAUCUUGGCUACAAGCUUUAUAGAAGGUAUGGAAGAAAAUGACCAAGGUGAUACCAAGAGGUUAGGAGGAACAGAUAAUGAUGGCAUAGAUGACUUACUUGCUAACGUUGACGAAGACAUUGAUGAUGGUACCUUGGUGGCCUGCUGUGAUGAGGCAAUGUCACCAAUGAUUCCAGUCAGACAGAAUUCAUCUACUUCAAGAUAUUCAGGCUCUGUUAAGAAUGAGAAUCUUUCGCAGGGUGUUAAAAGAAGACUGGAUAUUCCUGAUGGACAAUCAAAGUUUAGAAAGUCAGAAAUCUCUGAUGUCAGCCUUGAAGAAUGCCCAUUCUGUGCAAAACAGUUUCAUUCUAGCAUUUCACAGCACGACGUAAACCAGCACAUAGCAAUGUGCUGUAGUAGUGAGGAUCUUGGUAAUGACGAUGAAUUUUGGUGAAUUGAAAGUUAACAUCCUCCAUACUCUGGCAUUAAAAUAUCAUGUUUUAUCACUUGGUCGUGUAUGUUAUUGCAAUUUCAUGUUUUAUUAAUGGUGGUGUUUCAAAAAAACUUCAGUUUUAGUUCAAAUGGCCAAGAACUACGUGAGCUG